AUGAUGAAGGCCAUUCAAGUCCUACGCUGGUGUCGAGAGAAGUUCCAAUACUACGUCGUUUUCACCACCUCCAUCUUCUUCAUCUUAGGACUCGUAUUUAGCUACAAGUUACUGGAGAAGACAUUUCUCGACAUCCUGAUGACACGUGUUGCCGCCGCGUGGGGUAUGCAGGACAAAAGCGGAGAGGAUGACUAUGACUACAACUAUGAUCUCCGAACAGCCGUCAUAAUCGUCAAUUUGCAUGAAGGAACGGCCGCGAUUCUCAUACCUUUGUUCGUAUAUGCAGCCGACGUUAUUCAUAUGGGCCGCUUCAAGAUGGUGGCUUUCUCGGCCACAGUGUGCAUCGUUGGGCUAAUGCUCAACAAACGGGCGGCCCACGAUGAUAUCACGCUCAAUAUACGGUUAUUCUACCUAGCACUGGGGCUAAUGGCUUUGGCGCAAGCGGCACAGAGAGUCAACCUAGAAGGGUUUCUCGACGAUCAGCUCAGGCCGAUGGAUCUUGAUAACGACCAGAGAAAAAGACGAAGCAAACUAUGGUGGACUAUGGUCUCCUUCGCGGUGGCCAUCUUUGCCGGGUUUGGACCUUUACCACGACUCCACGACUUCGAGAAACUUGCAUUAGUAUUGAUCUCUGUGAUGGGGUUUUGCUUCUUUGUAUUCUUGUUGGGUUUCAAACACUACAACUUCGUCCCCAAAAUCGAAAACCCGUUUAAGGAUGUCGGGAUCGUCCUCCGCAGAGCCUUCUCUAAUAGAAAUGUCGAGUGUCCGCAAACUCAAGAGCCUCACGUUCCAUGCUUAAGGUGGUUAGACAAAGCAACGGCGGAAGGCAGUUGCAGUGGCGAACAAGUGAGAGGAGUGAAGCUUCUUCUGAAGAUGCUUCCAUUGUGGUGUUGUUUCCUCACUUUUAGCCUGGUUUCCGCUUCUGGAAGCACCUUCUUCUUCAUGGAGGCCAUAGAAGUUACUAACGACCAUAAUUACAUAAAUGCCAUUCUCUUAUUCUCCAACCUGUCGAGGCUCACGCAGUACGCGGUCUCUUACGGGUCCAGCUUCUUAAUCGGGAAGCUCGGGGAGAGGAAAAAAUGCAACCGUAGGAAGAUGGAGCUGGUGAGAAUCGGCAUUGGGAUGACCUGUUGCUUGUUGUGCUGUGUCACCGCUUCUGCGACUGCGAAACGCAGGCAGGACAUCGGUGAGGACGACUACAGCGACGACGCCAUGAGCCCAUACUGGCUAACACCACAGUUCUUUUUACUAGGACUGAUGUGGGGGCUUUCCGAAGACGGGUUCGAAUCGUUCUACGAAUCUCAGGUUUCUGAAAACUUGUCGAAAUAUGGAGUGGCGUUCGUGGAACUUGCGAAUGGAGUUGGUAUAUUUGCGAGCGUACUUUGCAUUCUCGUCUUCAGAAGUCCGCCUUUCGAAUGGUUCCACGAAGGGCUAUAUUACAGCAACCUCAAUAGGUAUUAUAUCUUCUUAGCAGUUUUGAGUGUUGUGAACCUUAUGGUGUACUGCUGGGUUGCAUAUUCGUACGGAGUCGGAGACGAAAAGGCGGAUCAGGUUAAUAAGGGGCAGCCCGCGGAUACUCGGACUCACCCAGAGGAGGCGGAGCCUGGAAAUAUCGAGGGGGGCGGAGCAUAUGGAGAUCAUAUGAAAACUUUGGCAGAGGUUUUGAAGGAAGUAAUAACAAAUUAAAAGAAAUAAAUUUUAUAAAUAAGUUAUACUAUGUGUGUGGAAAAUUUGAGGGUGCAUUUAUUUUAACCAUAAGAUUGUACUUAGUAUAAAGAUAUGUAGUUGAUGGAUAUUAAUAUAGUGUAAAAUGAUGUAAAAUAGACAUGUUGUACUAUCUUAUA